AGUUUACGGAAUUCAAUAAUUAAAAAUGUAAAAAGGAUUAUUAACAAUAUUGGCUAUAACAUUAUUAGCUGGUACAUCAUUGUUGAACACAGUUUAAAAUAGUGAAUAAAGUUCAUUUUUGGAAGAUGAAAUAAUGAAAAUAUAUUAAAAUUGGUAAAGAGAACAUGGAAAGAGAUAUUCAUAAUUUGAAAAUUCUCAUAGAUUUGGAAUAUUUAAGAAAAAUUAUGCUUAUAUAUAAGAGCAUUAAAAAAGAGUUGAAGCAGGAUUAGAAACCUAUGAAAUUGGUUUGAAUAGUUUUGCAGAUCUUUCAGUAGAAGAAUUUGAAGCAAAAUACUUGAAAUUGAAAUCAUCAUCUUAAAGAGAAUAAAGAAAUUAAGUUUAUAAAAAAUAAGGAAAAUAAGUUCCAGUAGAAGUAGAUUUAAGAAAAGAUGGCGUAGUAAGUGAAGUAAAAAAUUAAGGAAGUUGUGGAUCAUGUUGGGCAUUUUCAGCAGUUGCUGCUUUAGAAACAGCAUUAAGAUAAUCAGGAGUAUAAAAUGUAGAAUUAUCUGAAUAAGAAUUGGUUGAUUGUGCUGUAUUAGAUGAAUUUGAAAGUGAAGGAUGUGAUGGUGGUGAAAUGUAUGAUGGUUUUGCAUAUGCUUCAAAAUAUGGUAUUGCAAUAAGAUCAGAAUAUCCUUAUGCUGCAGUAGAUUAAUAAUGUUAGGCAAAAAAGACUAAGACUAGAUAUUAGUUUAGUGGUUUUGUUGAUGUAGAAUCACUUAAUCCAAAUGCUUAUGUUGAAGCUGCUGCUGAACAUGCAUUAUCUGUUGGUAUUAAUGCAAGUGGAAUCAAUUUCUAAUUAUAUAGAAAAGGUAUCUAUAAUGCUAAAUGUGAUUCAAGAAAAGAAGCAAUAAAUCAUGGAGUUACUAAUGUUGGAUAUGCUCCAGAAUAUUAUUUAAUCAAAAACUCAUGGGGAAUUUCAUGGGGAGAAUAAGGUUAUAUUAGAUUUGCUAGAAUUAAUGAUAAAGAAGGAUAAUGCGGUGUUCAAUAAGAAGUUAAUUACCCAAUUUAUAAACUAUUUGAAAACUAAUCAACUAUUGUUGAAUGAUUG